UUUUAACCCUGUUUUCCUGUAAUGUUACCCUUUGACCGUUUUCUUCCUCAGGAUGCCUCGCUGACGGACAUGAACUCUCUGAGCCCCCUGAUGCCAGCGUCCCCUCUGUCAAUGAUCAACCAGGUCAGGUUCGAGGACGAGCCGGAUUUGAAAGAUCUCUUCAUCACGGUCGACGAGCCCGAGAGCCACGUCACUACCAUCGAAACUUUCAUCACCUACAGGGUCGUCACCAAGACGUCUCGCGGGGAGUUUGACUCCAGCGAAUUUGAAGUUAGGAGGCGUUACCAAGAUUUCCUUUGGUUAAAAGGAAAGCUCGAGGAGGCCCACCCGACUCUCAUUGUUCCGCCGUUGCCGGAGAAGUUUAUAGUGAAGGGGAUGGUGGAGCGGUUCAACGACGACUUCAUCGAGACGCGCAGGAAGGCGCUGAAUAAGUUUCUGAACCGCAUCGCUGACCAUCCAACUUUAACGUUCAACAGGGACUUCAAAGUGUUUCUCACUGCACAGGCUUCGGAGCUGUCUUUUCACAAGAAGCAGGGCCCCGGGCUGCUCAGCAAGGUGGGCCAGACGGUCCGGGCGGCCGCCCUGUCCAUGAGAGGCCUGAAGGGCCGCCCCGAGGAGUUCGUGCAGAUGAGCGACUUCAUCGAAACGUUUACCCAGAAAAUAAAUUUGAUCGACAAGAUAUCUCAGAGGAUUUACAAGGAGGAGCGGGAAUAUUUCGACGAGAUGAAGGAGUUCGGCCCCAUCCACGGCCUGUGGUCCGAGUGGGAGGAGGGCCUGGCCGACGCGCUGGCCGGCGUGGCCGGCUGCGUGCGGCGCUGCUGCGAGGCCACCGNNNAGAGAUCGAAAAAAAUUUUGAAGUCUUUACCUCCCCCAAUGAAUGAUGGCUGUUUAUAUUCUGAAAUGUCUAUUUUUGGUGUUAUGAAAAGAAGAGACCAAAUACAAGCAGAGCUGGAGUCCAGGGUGGAAGCUCUGACGUACAAAAAGGCCGACGCUGACCUGCUGGCGGGAGAGGUCGGGAGGCUGGAGGACAGGGUGGCAUGUGCCAACAACGCGCUCAAGGCCGACUGGGAGCGGUGGAAGCUGAACAUGCGCAACGACCUCAAGUCGGCGUUUUCGGACACGGCCGAGCGGAACAUCCACUAUUACGAGCAGUGCCUUGCGACCUGGGAGUCCUUCCUCACGUCACACACCGACCUCUACGUCAAAGAGCCCCCCGGAGACAAGCCUUAACCCCGCGGAAGGCUUCCCCCGCGUGACCUUCGGGAACAGCAUCGAUGAGCCAAAGUUAUUCCUUCGGGAUGGGGCGUAUCCUUUACAAUGCAGAGGAAAGAUGUUUCCCACGAUCUGGAAAACCAGCAGGGUGGAACCCGGGCUUUCCAGAUCGCUGUCGUAAAUGGGGAUAUACGUGUAUAGCUUAGUUCUAACUAUGUUCUUAAAUUCAUAUGCCAAUAAUGAGAUAUAGAAAAAUGUUUUUCUUAAAUAUUUGUCUGUGCAACAUGUCAUUUUAAGUAUAUCGUAAAGACUCCAUUUUAAUAAAAAAUUUAAUAUGAA